GCCGGAGAGGGCUCGGGGUGGGGUCUGCGGCUUGGCGGGUUCCAGGUGGUUCCGUGCGGUUCCGUGCGUGCCAAGGCGGCGGCGGCGGCCUCGAACUGAGACCCAAAUGGGCCUUUGAAGCCCUUAAACUCCAUUGCUUUUGGUGUAAGGAUUUGCGUACUGUACCCGUGGGUUCCUGGUGUGCCUCCAAGGGAAAGCUAGUGGCAGGGAUUCUAAUAAACUCCCUGGAGUUAAUAGAAAGGUGACAGCUGCAUGGCUGUGCCCCAGACUUGCCCGCUGGGACCUGCCCAUGAGCCUGCAGGUGCCCAGAUGGAGCCUGAGCCCUGCACUCGAAGCUUGGCCAAGGACUUCCUCAAGGAGGAACUUCGGCUCAAUGCUGAGCUGAGCCAGCUGCAGUUUCCAGAGCCCGUGGGUGUUGUCUACAACCCAGUGGAUUAUGCAUGGGAGCCACACUACAGCUAUGUGACUCACUACUGCCAGGGCCCCAAGCAAGUCCUCUUCCUGGGCAUGAAUCCUGGACCCUUUGGCAUGGCUCAGACUGGGGUGCCCUUUGGGGAAGUGAAUGUGGUCCGGGACUGGUUGUGCAUUGAGGGGCAUGUACUGACUCCUCCCCAAGAGCAUCCUAAGCGACCAGUAUUGGGCCUGGAGUGCCCACAGUCAGAGGUGAGCGGGGCCCGAUUCUGGGGCUUUUUCCGGAACCUCUGUGGACAACCCCAGGUCUUCUUCCGGCACUGCUUUGUCCAUAAUCUGUGUCCUCUGCUCCUCUUGACUCCCAGUGGACGCAACCUUACCCCGGCCGAGCUGCCAGCCAAGCAACGGGAGCAGCUCCUCGGGAUCUGUGAUGCGGCCCUUCGCCGGCAGGUGCAGCUGCUGGGCGUGCGGCUGGUGGUGGGAGUGGGGCGGCUGGCAGAGCAGAGGGCACGCAGGGCGCUGGCAGACCUGAUGCCCGAGGUCCGGGUGGAGGGGCUCCUGCAUCCCUCUCCCCGAAGCCCACAGGCCAACAAAGGCUGGGAAGCAGUGGCCAGGGAAAGACUCCAAGAGUUGGGGCUGUUGCCUCUGCUAAUGGCUGAGUGCCCGACCCUGUCUUAGCAUACCACGGAGGCCAGAGUCAGGCUUGUACAGCAUAUGAAUGCACACCUGCUGGACAACAGGGCUUGCUGGGCUCCCUGUUGCUGGAAAUGUGUUCUCUGUCUGCUGAACUGUCCUCUAAUGGUGGGCUGCUGUCCUCUAAUGGUGGGCUGCUCUCCUGCUGCCUCUGCCUUCCCUGGAACAGCACCUGGUUUCCAUUGGCUGGCUCUGCACAACAGGCAGAGAUGGGCUUGUACAUGUCAUCCCCCCACAAUGUUUUUUUGGGAGCCUCUUCAGAGAGGAUCCUAGAUAGGGACCACUAGAGGUAAGACUUUUAAAAUUUUAAUCUUCCAUGUUUUGUUUUAUAUCGGCUUUUCUUUUGGUGAUGCCUCAUGAACACUAGAAAAGCUCUCUAGUACUGAGCUACCUCAGCUUGGUUGACACUAAUUGUACAUAUUAAUGGGGUUCAGUGUAAUGUUGCCAUACAUGCAAUCAGUGCUCACUGAUCAGUCCAGCCUCUAUAACCCACCCUCCCCAUACCUCCCUGUUCCCAACCAGAGGGACAAUCUUGCCAGGAUCUUGCUCAUCUUUCUAGACUGGCUGCCACCAGCUGAUCUGACCCCUCACAGGGACCAAGACAACACUUGGGGCAUCAUGAUAUUUUCUUAGCCAGGUGUACUGGCACACCCUUGUGAUCUCAGGAGACAGGAGGAUCAAGAAUUCAAGGUCAUCAACAGCUACAUAGGGAGUUCAAGGCCAGACUGGGAUACAUGAGGCUCUGUCUCAAAAAACAAAAUGAAGAGUGAACUUCAGAAUUUUCAUCUUUGCUGCUAACCCCACCCCCCACCUUGUGAACUCCCUCUUUUCUAAUCUCAGAGACUAGAUUUUACUGUGUAGGUCAGGCUGGCAUCAAACCUCAAACUUGUGAUCUUUCUGUCUCCCUCUACCUGAGUCCUGGGGUUGUAGUGCCUGACCUGCUUGUGAACUCUUUGAUGGAUAAACUGACGAACCUCUCUAAGCUUCAGGUUCCUCUGUAAAAGGGGGUGAUGCCUCCUGGGCUGGUGUGAAGACUGACACUGCAGAGUGCCUUGCAGCAGCCUGGCAUGUGGCGUGCGUUCACUCCAUAUCCUCCUCCUUGCUAUCUCUGGGCUGGGGAGUGAUGCUGCACUACAAAGGAAGCCCCUGUCCACUUUGAAGUCCUCCACCUGUGGCCCUGCAAGAGCUGGACAUGAGAAUCUCAGCCUGUGAUUUUUCAGACUAAGGUUCCUAACCCUCCUUGCCUGGAUUUGGUGAUUUUUCAGACUAAGCAUUAAAGGCUGCUAACCCUCCU